AAAUGAAGCGAGUGGGCCUGUCCAGGUAACCCCACCACUAGUCCUCUGCUUCCACCCCCACACAUGUUUGAUUUUGUGUGUGAAGAUGGCUGCAAAGGAGCAGGAGAAAGAAGCUGAAGAAUUUGUGUACAGAAUCAGUACAGCCCAGGAGUGGGAGGAGUUGCAGAAGGCUGGAGCCUGUUAUGGUGGCCAACUUGACAAGUCCACUGGCUGUAUUCAUCUCAGCAAUCUUCAUCAGGUACAGUCGACUUUAGAGAAUUUUUUCCUGAAGACUCAGGCUGAGUUAUACUUACUCCAAGUUGACUCCAAAAAGCUUGGUGAUGGAUUGAUCUAUGAACGUGUGGAUGAGUGCAAUGUCUUUCCUCAUUUCUAUGGGCCAUCCCGGAGUUUCAUCCCACUCCCUCUGGAUGCAGUUACAAAAGCAGAGAAGAUUACUUUAUCAGAUGGCAAAUUCAGUUGCAGUUUGCUAAAUUAAGAAGUCAUUUCAAAUGGAUUUGAUGCAACCACAAACUUGGAUUGGUGAUGUUUCCAUCUAGUCUUGUGUAAUAUGGAGUUCAAAAGGGGUGUUGGAUCAUAAUGUAAUUCAUAGUAAUCCCUGUAAUAUGCUUCAGCAUGGUGAUGAAAAUGAACACCAAGUGGGGCUAAUGAAAAUGGAAUGGAAUGGCAGGUUUCAGCCUGUUGCGUUCAUGAAAUGAAAUGCUUGUGCUAAUGUUUGGUGAAGGACA